AACACAAGGGUCAGUAGUUUACUCAAACUGACCAAUUCAUUACUGAGGAAAUUACGGAAAUAGUUUUAAAAAGACAAAUAUCAGCUAACCGUGUGUGUAUUUUACGAACUAUUCGUAAUUUAUUGAAAGUAGAUUGACUGAAAGCUUUUCAAGAUGUCCAUUUUAACUCCACGACGAUUAGCUGCCUGCAUCAUGGUGUUUAUGUUGAUGUCAAUUCAGUUCUUGUCCACAGGUCAUUUACAGCAUCUCCUUUCAUUUGUCACCACAUUUGUCAAUUCAAAUACCCCGCUGUCAUCAAGUAAUGGUCACGAAACAUUCAUUUCAGAUCACAAAGAAACCCACCAUAUCGGAAAUCAUCGACACGAUAAGUGGAAGAUUAAGCCUCCUGAAGGACAUGUGCUGUUACUGGCAUACAUGCGCAGUGGGUCAUCUUUUGUUGGCAAUGUUCUCCAAAACAGUCCCGAUGUUGUCUACAUAUUUGAGCCAUUAUAUUCCUUGUAUAAAUUAUAUCACAAGACGGAAAGACCUUUAACAUUUCUGUUUAAAAAACCUUUUUUCCUUAAAAAUGAAGAAUUUGGAGAUAUGGAAAACGAAGUCUUGUCAAGUUUUCUGUCGUGCAAUUUUACCAACCUGGAUCUUGAAACCUUAACACAGAUCCAUUUUGAAAGAGGACGAUUCCUGCCAUAUGAUGUUUGUCUGCGUAACGGAUCUUCCAAACUACCGGAAAUCGUCAGAUGUUUGUAUCAUCUCUAUGACGAAUGUCGUCAUAGAAACGUGUCAGUGGCUAAAACCAUUCGGUUGACCGUGGAGAAAGCGGAAUUAUUAAUGCAGAAGGAUCCCAUGUUAAAAGUCAUCCACCUUGUACGUGAUCCAAGGGCAAUUAUAUCAUCCAGAUUAAAAUUAGGAAAAUUGGACGGCGUUAUAAAUAUCGCGGAAGAAUCAAAACAACUUUGUAAUCAAAUGACUGAAGAUGUUAUUUUGUUCCGCCAUCUUGAAAAAAAAUAUAAGCAACGAUUAAAGCAAGUUCGUUACGAAGACAUUGUUAGAGAACCAGUUGCCAUUUUUAAAGAUCUUUAUCAGUUUGCUAACAUUUCUUAUACCGGAUUCCAAAAAGAUUACAUUAUGCGAUUAACGAACAAACACGCAGGCACUCCCUGCACAUAUUGUGUCGAGAGUAAAAUGGCCUUAAAAACAGCGCAUGCGUGGAGAUAUAGCAUGCCAAUCCGGACUGUGGAAAUAAUUGACAAGAAUUGUGGUAUGUUGAACAAUUUAUUGGGUUACGUUAAUGUGGAGAAUGAAAAACAUUUAGUCAAUACUAAUGUCCAGCUUUAUAAAUAAAAUGGCAGAGACAGAAUUACCGUUGUCAUGGGUAACACAUACUUUUAACGAACCUGACCCUGUCAUAGAUAAAAAGAAAUCAACAUAGGCAGCAUUACUAUUGUCAUGGAUUUUAAUACAACGGAUGUCUGCUGUUUAAAACACGUUUAAUAAGACUAAGACUAGUAAUUAUUUCCCCUUCUGUAGUGCGAGUUAUAAAUUUUUUUCUCCCCUCUUCCUGCAUUUUGGGGUUGACUUUUUGGUAUAGAAUUGGAGAAAAGGGAUCAAAUUUGCAAAUUUACAGCAAUUUGGGGUAAUGUAGAUGAUUUUACAGCGGAGGGAUAGGGGGUGUAAAGUGUCUUUCUGCAGAGCAAUCAUUGUGUCGGAAGAGUGAGGUUUUCACCCCAGUCAACAUCAAAUCCCCGUAGCAAAAAAUCUAAACGAUCAACCCCCCUACAAAAUUAUGAUUAGGAAAUUGGAACCAACAGUAUGUUGAGCAUAAAGCUACAGUCUGUGAUGUUACAGCCAUUUAACAUUGAAGUCAAUGGGCAAAUAAUUGCUAGUCUGAGUCCUGAUACAUGUUUGUAAAAGUGUGCAUUUAUGUCCCCUUGAUUUAACUCUUUGAGUCCCGUUGGAUACGUGUGUGAGAUUUUAAAAAAAUUCGCUGGUAUCUCGCAAUCACAAGGUUUUAGGGGUCAAGCAAUCUAUCAACAGCUAGAUGGAAAAUGCAUGACGUCAUCGUGAAAUCCAAGAUGGCCGCCAUAUAAAACAACGGUUAGUGCUAAUGAUAAGGCCAGCUCAAUUUUGUCGUCAUAGGCCACAAUGUAAACAGGGCUAGCGCUAAUCCCAAUCCUAUCCCUAACCCUGGACCUAGUCCCAAUGAUUACCCUAACUCUAACCUAGAAUCUCGCAAACAAUCACGUGCCCAAACCUUAUUUACAUCUCAACGACCUUGACAAAAUUUGAGCUGGCCGUAACAAAUAUCCAUUAAAACCGUUCUCCAUGUCAAAAACAUAUGGCAUAGUCGUGAAACCAAAAUGACCACCAUAAAUGCAAGAUGGCAUUUUGAUAA